AGUUGAAAAUGACCAUUAAAAACUUCUCAAUCGAAUACGAUGCCAUCAACAGCAAAAACAUCUUCACAAAUGGAGAUACCAUUAAUGGACGAAUUGUUGUGGAGGUGUCGGGUGAAACCAAAGUUCAAUCGUUGAUUUUUAGAGCACAAGGAAGAGCGAAGGUUGUCUGGACUGAACAUUACGGAGAGAAUCAAACCCACGUUUACUGGUCUAAUGAGGACUACUAUGAUGUCAAACAUGAUAUCUUGAGAAAAUCAAGACAAGUUGGCACUGAAGUCAUUAGUAAAGGAAGACACGUGUUUCCUUUUUCGUUCAGGAUUCCUAAUGGAAGACUCCCAUCGACCUAUAAAGGAGCCCAUGGCAAAAUUAUUCAUAAGGUGAAAGCAGAGCUGAAACAAUCAAUGAGGCUGACAAAAAAAGCUAAAGUCCACUUCCAGUUUGUAUCAAAGGCAGAUAUGGGUAUUCCUGGACUUCUGGAACCUCAGUAUGCCUUUAAGGAUAAAUCUGUCGGUGUUUUCGGCUCUGGAAAGGUUUCAGUGGAUGUCCAUACUAAGCAGAUGGGAUACAUGCAAGGUGAGGCUAUUGUGGUCACACUUGAAAUCAACAACAACUCAAAACGUUCAGUGAAGCCCAAAUUCAUACUGUAUGAGAAAAACAGUUUCUUCGCCCAGGGUCACAGGAAACUUUACAUGCAUGACAUCCUUAAGGAGAAGGCUGAGGCCAUUGAGGGAUCCUCUGGCAGAAAAACUGUGACCAAGGUGAUCAACAUCCCUAGAGACCUACCUCCCUCCAUCCUGAACAGCUCCAUCAUUAAGCUGGAGUACAGGCUGAAGGUCCAACUGGAUAUCAAAUGUGCCAUAGACCCAAAGAUCAAGCUCCCUAUAGUUAUCAUGCCUGGAGUUCCACAAAUGGAACAGCUGCAUGCUUCUGCUGCCAUUGGAUUUGUGAAUUUUCGGAACCCGGGAAAACCAGCCUGGGCAACUGUACCCCAGCAAGCACCACCCCAAUGUGCAGACCUUCCGCCUGCCUACGGAGCACAUGCGAUGUACCCCUCUUUCCCUCUUGAUGAUUACAAGACCACGUUAUGAAUAUCUGCCUCGAACGGGGACGUCACCAUUUUAGUCUUCCGAGCCUUAAACAUAGACUUGUGACAAAUAACUUAAUACAUACAAAAAAAGCAGAGCUGUGCUGUGUAGCAGCUGAUAAAGCUGCCGGCCACCUAGUCUUUGUUACUUUGCUUCCCCAGAUUAUCAAGAUGACAGUUAAUCAGAAAAUACUGAUUUUCACAUUAGCAGUUGUUCUCCCCUAACU